AUGGAUUCAAAGCUUCAAAACUGGUUUAAAAUAGAACGUCUACUGACCCGUUCAUGUAAUGUAUUUCGAAAACUAUUCAAAGAUCGUUGGUUUCUGUUUACUGGUCAACAAUGGCUAGACACUCAAACCGAUGGACAAGCUUAUAUUACAGGCACCGGUCAAAAGAUUUAUCAAAACUGCCGUAAUAUUCAAAAAAUUAUGUUACAGACAGGUGAUACAAAUCUAUGGGAUUUGACCACAUUACUUUUCAUUCUUCGUGAAACUAAAUCUAAAAAACCACUCAAUCAAACUAGUAAACAAAAGAUUGCGAAGGAAAACAAUGAUUUAUUAGUGGUAACGAAUAUUCGAAACAACAAUGCUCACCACGCAACAAAAUGUAUUUCCGACGCCGACUUCGAAACUAUCUGGAUUCAGCUUUUGACAAUAUUGAUCUCGUUUGGUGAUGAUGCAGAUGAAAUUGCUGAAUUAAAAUUGAAUACUAAUGACACAAACCAAAAAGGACCCAUCGAUACUACAAAUACGAUGGAAGCAAAACGUCUGAAAGAUCUUGGAAACGAAGCAUAUAAACAAAAGAAUUUUGAAGAAGCAUUGAAGUCAUUCUCACAAGCCCUCGUUCUUCCUGGUUUGAGUGGUAACGACCGAUCAAUUCUCUAUUCAAAUCGAUCUGCUACAUAUUUGGAGAAACGCGUAACGUCAACAAUUACCUCGUCGAUGGACUCUCGAUAUCUGGCUCUACAAGACGCUGAACAUGCUCGUGAUCUCCGCCCAACUUGGUCGAAAGCUCAUUAUCGUAUUGGACAAGCGCAUGUCGCAUUAGGUGAAUAUGAAAAAGCUGUACAUUCGUUUGACAAAGCUCUUGCACUCGAUCCAACUAAUGCUGAAACGAAAAACGCUCGUGACUUCGCUCUUGAUAAAAAACAUUACUAUGACCGACAAGAUCAUCUAGUUCCGCAAAAUAUGCCGAGGACGACGCGCGAGCAACUUGAUGAAUUGUCAAAAAACUGUGGAUACAGUGCUGAACACCAAGAAAAAUUUAUCGAAUUUAUUCGAAAAAAUGACCCAGGCAAAGAUGCUGUGUUCACUGCUCAUCAGUAUCGAGAUGGCGAUGACAAUAUCAAACAAGAUUAUGAAUUAGCUACAAGAUUCUAUUCAAAGGCUGCUGCUUUAGGUAAUGCUGAAGGCAUGUACAAUCUCGCUUUACUACACAGACAAGGAUUAGGAGUUCAAAAAGAUAUACAAGCUGCCAUUAAACUAUUAGAAAAAGCAGCUGCUCAAAAUCCUUCAAUGUCAGACAAAUUGUUAAUUCCAAAUGUUGGUGUAGCGGAAGCUGAACAUGCUUUAGGAUUACAUUAUGCAACGGGUGUCGGGGUCGAAAUGAAUCAUCGGAAAGCGGCUGAAUGGUAUCAGCGUGCAUCAGAUCACGGUAGUGCAAAUGCUGCCAAUAAUUUAGGACUUAUGUACGGUGAUGGUGAAGGUGUCGAGAAAGAUUUGGUUGGAAAUCAGAACAACUACUUCGAUUAUCAGUUACGCAAGGGAGACUAUCAAGCAGCAGAACAAUGGUGUGACCAUGCUAUAGAGAACAGCAAUAUAUUAGAUGCACAUGCUAUAAAGAUUAUUCGAGAUAAAGCGGAAGAAGAACGUGCGCUAUUCAAGGACUUGGACAUUGAAAUAUGGGAAAAACAAAAUAGUUUAAGUGUCACUAAUUUAACUUAUAACGAACGUAUUCAACGCAAGAUUUGUGCGGACGAGCCAUCUGCUACUAGAACCUCUAAUGCCGUACAAGAUUUAGCUAAGACGUUUCAAUUACUGAAGCCUGUAGGACAACGGUUUGGAGGCAAAUCGAGAACGUAUGAUCGUACAAUGCUUGAAGAGUAUUCACAGAAAGGAUAUAUUUUUGCUCGACGAUUGUUAGAAGCACAAACUUAUUUUCUUAGAGCAAUGCACAUUUUUCUGAAUGACAAUAUUAGUGUUGACAACAGAAACAUUCAAUUUAUAAAAGAAUUUUCAGCAAGUAUAAGAAUACAGCAUAUCGUUAUUCAAUUGUCAGAACCUUUACGUCAUGAAAUAAAACUGGCGGUUGAUUGUGUUCUUGUUCAAUGCGAGUCGAAACAGUCACAACUGGAUGAAGAUGCUCGCGUAUGUUUUGGAUUUUUACACAUGAAUUCCUUGCAAUCCACAGUUGAAUUUCUGACGGUCUGUAUUCAAAUGUAUCCGAAGUCACCUUUUUUCUUAGAGCUCCGUGGAUCUUUGUAUGGUUUUAUGCAAAAAUAUGACGAAGGUUUAGCAGAUUUUAAUGCUGCACUCCAACUAGUUCCAGCCGAUGAAGAAUUUCUCUAUGACAGAGCUGCUAUGUUAAGGCUCAUCAAGCAUUGUGACUUAAAUGAAACAGUAGUAGCAUAUGAUAAAUUUGCCAAAAGCGCACCAUUUGAUCAUCGCAAAUUACCUGAAGCAUACUAUGCCGCUGCGACUUGCUGUUUAGCGAAUACUACAAUGGAGAAUCACGUUGAACUCACAGAAAAAUAUUAUGAAAAAGGUAUUGAAGCCGAAAAAAACCAAUUACCCUGCUUCCUACCUUAUGAAUCGAACAAUAAAUUGUUGAUAUCAAAAUUGUUAUCACUCAAAUCGGUAGCGUCUAAUAAAACACCAGUUGAGUCAAUAGUCGUCGCACGGAAACCAAAAUCACGCCUUACUGAUCCGCGACGUCUUGGCAUGAUUCAAAGACAUCGAAACGCUAUCGCUGAAACUGGUAAACUUCCACCAAACCAAAAACUCCUAAAUUCGACAAAUAAACCUCGCUUAUAUCAAAACUCGCCUUCCUCAUUAGUUGGAUUAAAAGGAGUUACUCUACGGGAAAUGAAUCCAAUCAAAGAUCAUGUAUACCAAGGAUAUGUAUUGUCUGGUGUGAUCUUCGAGCGAUCGCCCGUUGUUGAACCAUCCAUAUGGUUAUUAUUCGAAGAUGAGAACGGUGAUUUGGAACGACUUUUCAUAUAUAAUAUUCCUCCGUCUGAAGGUCGACAGUUGAUAGAAAGCACGUAUAUUUAUGGUGCAAAACUAAGUAUUUUAAAUCCGUACAUGCGUAUGGCGGCUGAUAAGAAACCGGCAAUUCGUGUGGAUGAUGCUUCGUCAAUUAUUUUACAUGGAGAUACUCACAAUGUUAAAAAUAUGUGUCGAUGUUGCAGCGAAGAAAAUGCAUUAUUUACUUGUAGCAAAUGUAAACUCGUCCGAAAUGGCGGCCAGCACCAAGAUAAAAAGGAGGAACAAGUUUUAACGGCGUUACGUUUUUAUGCCAGUGGUUCGUUCUUUUAUAUAGAUGGUGAUAUGCAUAGAUUAUCUAAAAUAUCUGUUAGCAGAACAGUGUUUCAAAUAUCAUCGAUUUUGUCUGAGAAAGCUAUUCAAAGUAUUAAAUUUCCAACAACAGUACAAGAACAGAAUUUGAUAAUGCAAACAUUUUAUCAACGAACAAAAUUUCCUCGAAUGAUUGGUGUUAUUGAUUGUAUGCAUAUUACGAUUAAAACUCCGAGUAAAAAUGAAGAACGUUAUGUAAAUCGAAAAAAUUAUCACUCAAUCAAUUGCCAGGUUGUUUGUGAUCAUAAUUUGAUGAUUCGAAGCACGGUUGUUUGUCGGCGCGGUUCGACACAUGAUGCCUUCAUUCUUGGACAAUCAAGUAUUGCAGCAUCAUUGUCGAAUGGUAUUUAUGGUGACGGUUGGCUGUUAGGAGACAGCGGUUAUCCGCUACGCGCCUGGCUGCUAACUCCUUUUAACGAUCCAACUACAGCAGCACAAAGGCGAUACAAUCUAGCACUCAAAUCCGCACGGUCGACAAUUGAACGUGUGUUUGGAGUACUGAAAGCGCGAUUUCGCUGCUUAGAUAGAUCGGGUGGUGGUCUUCAGUUUACACCAGAACGAUGUGUCAAAAUAAUAUUGUCAUGCAUGUACUUGCAUAAUUUAGCACAUCGAUUACAAAUAGAGGAUGAUGGUGAAGAAAAAAUAAGACAAAUUUUGCUUGAUGAAUUUGACGAUGAUGUAAAUACUCAAGAAGUUUCAGCAGAAACACGAGUUCGUGAUAGUGUUGUACAAAACUAUUUUUCGAAGUAA